UAUAAAAAUAGUCCGUUGGUCCGUGAGAUACUUCAUUAAUUUUGUAUUUCUGUGCACUAUCCACAAAUAGUAACUAAGCAACUACUACCAGGUUAUACCUACUUGUCAGUCAUUGAUUUUUCUUCUCAGUUUAUUGUUAAUUUAUCUUUCCUUCGAGAAUUACAAACACAGCUACAAACUUGAUUCGUGUCAGAUUUACACUUGUGUCUUGUCUAUGUUAAUUAUAUUAAAUUAGUAAGCUGGCGAUAUAUAUAUAUAUAAUUAUUUAAUACACAUAAAGCUAAAAUGUCUGCCAAGCUAGAAUUUGCUGUUAAAAUGUCAUCUCCAUCAUGUGCUGAUAAAAUUGAGGAUCAACUAGGCCAAAAUGGAAUUUCAAAAUCUGACAUUCAUAUAUCCUAUGAAACUGGAAUCGUUACUAUCACUACAGAUCAACCGUCUUCCCUUAUUUUGAAUUCUAUUGAAAAAACCGGUAUUAAAGCAGUACUUAAAGGAUACGGAAGUGCUACACUUGACAAGAACUUGGGCGCUGCUGUUGCUAUGCUUGGUGGAUCAACUGGUUAUAGUAAAUUAGGUAUAAAUGGUGUUGUUCGAUUUGUUCAGAUAAACAAUGAUGAAUGUAUAGUGGAUGGUACUAUUGAUGGAUUAUCCCCAGGAAAACAUGGCAUCCAUAUAUAUGAAUGUGGGGAUUUAUCUAAUGGAUGCGAAAGGAUUGGAGAUCAUCUUAAUUUGAAACAAACAUCACAUGGCAAUCAAACUGAUGACCCGAAUUUCAGGCACACAGGUGAUUUAGGAAAUAUCACUGCUAAUGAAGAUGGAAGGGCAAUAUUUUAUUUCAAAGAUAAAUUAAUAAAUGUAUCACAUUUAAUUGGUCGAUCAGUUGGUAUCACAGAAAAUGAAGACGAUUGUGGUAAAACCAAAAUUAAUACAUCAGAUAUUGAUGGAAAUAGCGGAAAAAGAAUUGCUUGUGGUAUUAUUGCUAGAUCUUCUGGUUUAUUUGAAAAUAACAAAAAAAUAUGUGCUUGUGAUGGUGUAACACUUUGGGAAGAAAGAGAUGUACCACUGGCUGGGCCCGGUAGACAAAGAAAAAUAUAAUCAUAGAAUAAACAUAGGUAUUCUAAAAUGUGCAUAUUACAAUUAGAAUACAGGUGUCAAAGAUAUUAAACUAAAUAAUUGUUAUUUUUAUAUUAUUAUUAAGAAAAAGUGUAAUGGUUCUAAAAGUGAAAUGGUUAAUAAAAAUAAAAUAUUCUUUUAAUA